GCUAGUUUUGUUGCAUCUGGAAACAGGACUGAUAUUUCACUAGAUGAUCCCAACUUCUGGCAGAAAUGGGCCAAAAAAGCAGAAAUAGAUAUAGAUGCUAUCAGUGGUAGAAACAGCCUGGUUAUUGAUACCCCAAGAAUUAGGAAGCAAACACGGCCCUUUAGUGCUACAAAAGAUGAGCUGGCCGAGUUGUCUGAAGUAGAGAGUGAGGGUGAUGAUAAACCAAAACUCCGCAGGCCGUGUGACCGUUCCAGUGGAUAUGGAAGAACAGAGUGCUUUCGGGUGGAGAAAAACUUGCUUGUCUAUGGGUGGGGUCGAUGGAGAGAAAUUUUGUCCCAUGGUCGCUUCAAGAGACAGCUGAAUGAACAGGAUGUGGAGAUAAUUUGCCGAGCUCUAUUAGCCUAUUGUCUUGUUCACUACAGAGGGGAUGAGAAAAUAAAAAGUUUUAUAUGGGAUCUCAUUACCCCAACAGAGGACGGGCAAACAAGAGAGUUACAGAAUCAUCUGGGCUUAUCAGCCCCUGUGCCUAGAGGAAGAAAAGGAAAAAAAGUGAAGACCCAGGCUAGCACUUUUGAUAUACACAAAGCAGAAUGGCUUCGAAAAUACAAUCCAGAACAUCUGUUGCAAGAUGAAGGAUACAAAAAGCACAUAAAACACCAUUGCAACAAGGUCUUGCUUCGAGUAAGAAUGCUGUAUUACUUAAAACAAGAAGUCAUUGGUAAUGAAUUCCAAAAGGUGUUUGAUGGAAUUGAUGCCAGUGAAAUUGAUGUUUGGGUCCCUGAGCCAGAUCACUCUGAAGUUCCUGCCGAGUGGUGGGAUGCAGAUGCAGAUAAAUCUCUUCUAAUUGGAGUUUUUAAACAUGGUUAUGAAAAAUACAACACUAUCAGAGCAGACCCAGCGCUGUGCUUCUUGGAAAGGGUUGGCAAGCCAGAUGAAAAAGCAGUUGCGGCCGAACAGAGAGCAAAUGAUUAUAUUGAUGGGGAUGUAGAAGAUCCAGAAUACAAACCAGCACCGGCAAUGUUUAAAGAUGACAUAGAGGAUGAUGUUUCAUCCCCAGGUGAUCUAGUAAUAGCAGACGGAGAUGGACAAAUGAUGGAAGGAGACAAAAUCUAUUGGCCCACUCAGUCUGCCUUAACAACACGUCUUCGCCGCCUAAUAACAGCUUAUCAACGAACAAGUAAAAAUAGGCAGGCCCAGCAGAUUCAGCCAGCAUUCCCAAUACAAACCAGUAUGAUGCAGCCUCCAUAUGAAGAAGCUGUUCUAAAUCCAAAGAUGGCUGCUAAGAUUGAAAGACAGCAAAGAUGGACGAGAAGAGAAGAAGCUGACUUUUACAGAGUUGUGUCCACAUUCGGAGUGGUAUUUGAUCCUGAAAGGGGACGGUUUGAUUGGACCAAAUUUAGAGCAAUGGCUAGACUACAUAAGAAAACUGAUGAGAGCUUAGAGAAGUACUUGUAUGCAUUUAUGUCAAUGUGCCGGAGAGUCUGUCGUCUCCCCUCAAAAGAAGAACUCGUAGACCCAAACAUUUUUAUCCAACCAAUUACAGAGGAGCGUGCUUCUCGGACUUUGUAUCGCAUUGAACUCCUGAGGAAAGUGAGAGAACAGGCUCUUAGACACCCACAGUUGUUUGAACGACUAAAAUUAUGCCAGCCAAACCCAGACUUACCUGUCUGGUGGGAGUGUGGGACUCAUGACAGGGAUUUACUUAUUGGAGCUGCUAAACAUGGAGUUAGCAGGACAGAUUAUCAUAUUCUUCGUGAUCCCGAACUCUCAUUUAUGUCUGCCCAGAGGAACUAUAAUCAAAAUAAAGUGGCACUCUCAAGGACUUCUACUCCGCUCUUGCAUCAGUACCAGAUGGCGUUAUCUGCUUCUCCUCUUACACCUCAGUCAAGAUUGUCAGAAGCUAAAGUGAAUGCUUUUGAGGACACAAAAGCAAAAAAUGAAAAUCUGAAAGAGGACCCUCAGUCUUCUGAAGAGGAAUCUAUGUCUACAGAGGAGACACAGACAAUAAUGAAAUCUGAACCUUUGAGUCCAAAAAAUGGCACACCAACACAAAAUACAGACCACAAACCUAGCAUGAAGACUGAAACAGAUAGGCGCAUGGUGGCAGCAAGGACAGAGCCUCUAACUCCAAACCCAGCUUCCAAAAAACAGAGAGUCAGCAAAAGGGGAUCUGACUCUAGCUCUGACUCAGACUCUGACUCAGAUAGAUCAUCCUGUUCUUCCAGGUCAUCUUCUUCAUCCUCUUCGUCUUCCUCAUCUUGUUCACACUCUCGAUCAGGCUCUAGCUCUUCAUCAUCUUCAUCUUGUUCUUCAGCAUCGUCAUCAUCCUCAUCAUCGUCGUCAUCAUCGUCGUCAUCAUCAUCAUCGUCGUCUGAAGAGAGUGACAGUGAUGAAGAGGAGGCACAAAAACGUGAAGGAACCCCGCAUAUAAAAGCAUAUGAUGAAGAGAGUGUAGCCUCUCUGAGUACAACACAAGAUGAGACGCAAGACAGUUUCCAGAUGAAUAAUGGGACACCAAAUUCCACUUAUCUCCUACAAGGUGGAUAUAUGUUGGCUGCAUCGUACUGGCCAAAGGAUCGAGUUAUGAUUAAUCGACUUGAUAGUAUUUGUCAAACAGUGUUGAAAGGUAAAUGGCCUUCAGCAAGAAGGAGUUAUGACAGCAAUACGGUGGCAUCUUUCUACACGACCAAACUUCUGGAUAGCCCAGGUGCAGCUGCAGAUUACAGUGAGCCCAGUGCACCAACACCCCUUCUUGCAGGUGUUAAAGAAGAAUAUGAUCAAUCGCCACAGAUGUCAAAGGUGAAGAAGCAUGUACGAGAAAAGGAGUUUACAGUGAAAAUCAAUGACGAAGGUGGUUUGAAAUUGACUUUUCAGAAGCAGGGACUGUCUCAGAAAAGGCCAUUUGAAAGCGAGGAAGGUGCAUUGGGACAGCAGCAAUACCUGGCUCGGCUACGUGAACUCCAGAAUGCUUCAGAAAUCAGCCUUGUCAACUUCCCAAAAUCACUUCCCGAAUCAGGUACUUCCAGUCACUUAACAGCCAGUGCUAAUGGAGUUGUAGUUGACAGUCAGCCUGUAGUCAAAAAGAGAAGAGGAAGAAGGAAGAAUGUGGAGGGAGUUGAUGUCCUCUUUAUAAAUAGAAAUAAACAGCCUAAUCAUGUUAAUCCAGGUAUUAACUCCUGUCAAGUUGCUGCAGGAAUAAACCCAGCACUCACUUACACGCAGUCCCAAGGCAUGCUUGAUGCAGAGAGUCCAGUUCCUGUUAUUAACCUAAAAGAUGGAACAAGGCUUGCAGGUGAUGACGCCCCCAAAAGGAAAGAUUUAGAAAGGUGGCUUAAAGAACAUCCUGGAUAUGUUGAAGAUUCAGGAGCUUGUAUUCCUAGGAUGCAGCUGCACGAUGGGAGGCCCAAACAAAAAAGACACCGUUGUCGAAACCCUAAUAAACUGGACGUUAAUAGUUUGACUGGUGAAGAACGUGUUCAGCUCAUAAAUAGAAGAAACGCACGAAAGGUGGGGGGUGCAUUUGCUCCCCCUCUGAAGGAUUUGUGCAGGUUCUUGAAAGAAAAUCCAGAGUAUGGAGUGGCUCCGGAAUGGGGAGAAGUUGUGAAACAGUCUGGAUUUCUUCCAGAAGGUAUGUUUGACCGUAUUCUCACUGGACCUGUCGUGCGGGAAGAAGUAAGCCGGAGAGGAAGGCGCCCCAAAAGUGAAAUUGCUAAGGCAACAGCAGCUGCAGCAGCUGCCACUGCUGCAAGCACAUCAGUUAACCCUCUGCUAGCUAACGGAUUGCUUCCAGGAGUGGAUCUGCCUAGUCUUCAGGCCUUACAACAAAACCUGCAAAACCUGCAGUCGCUGCAAGUAACAGCAGGAUUAAUGGGAAUGCCAGCUGGCUUAACUACUGGAGGAGAAGCAAAGAACAUGGCUGCCAUGUUCCCCAUGCUGCUGUCAGGGAUGGCUGGAUUACCAAACUUGCUGGGCAUGGGAGGACUUCUAACAAAGUCUACAGAAUCUAUUUCAGAGGAAAAAAAGGGAAGCGAUUCAAAGGAGGUAGAUACAAAGAAAGAAAGGACAGAAGACCAAAAUACGGAUACUGGUGGUGAAAACUCUGUUUCAAGUUCUCCUUCAACAUCCUCUGCCGCUGCAGCUGCCAAUCCUCUCUCUCUUAACCCAUUACUUCUGUCCAACAUACUUUACCCAGGGAUGCUUCUCACUCCAGGCCUUAAUCUUCAUAUCCCAGCUUUGUCUCAGUCUAGUAUUUUUGAUGUACAGAACAGUGAAAGCAAUGACACAGGCUCAGCUAAGCCCACAGAAGAAAAGGAGGAAAAUUCUAGGGUUAGAGAUCAGGAAGACAAAGGGGGAACAGAGCCAAGCUCUCACAAUGAAAACAGCACAGAUGAGGGUUCAGAGAAAGCGGAUGCUUCAUCUGGAUCUGAUAGUACAUCGUCUUCAUCUGAGGAUUCAGAUUCUAGCGAUGAAGACUGACCCCAGACUCUGCACUUAAAUUAUAAACUGAUUUUGAAUUUAUUCUUUAAUUAUUUCAUUGUAAAUAACCCAGUGUUGAGUGCAUCAAUGAUUUACUGACCGAACAUUUCAGUAUUUGUUUAGAAGUGCAAACUGCUUUCAGAGACGUUUUGCAUGUAAUAUUUCUUGAAGUUCAUAAGUUUCUGAACUUGUAUGUACUAUCAAAUACACAAUGGUGUAAAAUUACAACAAAAGGCAUUAUAAUUUUGUUGGGGGGUUAAUUUUAUGAAAAUAAUGCUCAAGUAAGAGCUGUAUAUUUAAUAUAUUUGCAGUGAACACAGAAUACUUUAUGCAUAUUAUUGAUUUAAUUUGAAUAUAGUUUUACAGCCUCCUUGACACUUAUAAUUUACAGAUCAAAACUCAGCAAUAAUUUGGGCAGCUAAUGAAUGUCAUGAAAGCUGUAGAAUCUACAUCACCAUCCAUUGCUUUAAUUACAUGAAAAUGCUCUAGUGUUGUGAUGCACUGCUGUUUCCAAUUCAGGUACAAGUGUGUUUAAAAGAAGAUAAAUUUUUCCCAAUCAGCCAAUUAAACUGGCUACCUGUUACCUCAGCUGAGUUAGUUUAGGAAGUUUACAUUGGUUUCUAUUACUUGUUUUCAGGUUUUGUUUUGUUUUCUAAAGACAUCCUGUAUAUCAUGUUAAAAUCUGAGUUAUUUGAGAUAUGACUGUUGGGGUUUCUUUCCCCCUUAUCACAACUGUUCUCUCUGACAGCAGUAAGGGGAAAUAAAAGCAAAACCUGUCUUAUCUCAUGCUACUUGGCACCACGUAGAUCUAUUUAGUUUACACCUUGCAAAGUUUUGGGCUCCCUCUGCAGAAUUAAAAGUCCCAAAAUGAGGAGUAGUUUCCCCAAGACUCAGAAGAGGCAAACUGUCAUAAAGUGCCACUGAAAAGACCUUUCAACACUGCAUACUUCAUGUAAAAAUUGUUUGUUUGCUUUGUUUGUGUAGAUUUCUAUUUGUGUUUUAUGUCAUAAAACCUCCUGGAGUUACCAGUUAAUAAUGGUAAAUAAAGUAUAGAUAGUUUUGAACUCCUUUUGAGUUUAAACUUCUCUGCAGAUUUAAAUCUGACUAAAUAUUAAAUAUUACCCAAAAUCAUUAUUGGGAUAUCACUUCAUAUAUUAUGCUGA